GAGAAAAGCCUGCGAUGGCUUCGCUCAGGCAGGAGCAGCAGUAUGGGCUCUCCUGUGGAAAACAUAAUAAAAACAGCUCCAACUGGACGCUGUACCAUGUCAAGCUCACGGACACGGCGAUCAGAGCGCUGGAGGCUUACCAAAACAUCAAGGGAUCUUUACCAAGUGAACCAUCAAUUUGUUUCAAAGGAAACCAAGGGUACGUCAAGAUCCCAGCUCCCACACCAGAGUCACCUUCUGCUAUUCGUGUUUUCUCCUUCUACUUAUCCAGUGACAGCAAAGAUCAACCUCAGGCCAGCUUUGACUGCAUCCAUCAGUAUGUUUUAAGUGACGGCCGCGAGCAGCUGGAAGGUCAAGGUAUCAUCCAGGACAAGAUCACAGUGUGUGCCACCGACGACUCGUACCAGAUGACCCGUGAGAGGAUGUCUCAGGUGGAGAAGGACAGCUGGAGCCGCUCCGCCAUCGAGAUCAAACCUGGCUCUACACAUCCAAGUAAAUGUUUCAAGUUCAACAAAAAACAAGGUCCUCUGACCACUGUGUCGGAAAGUAGCUUCUAUAAGCCAUCCGCCAACAACCGGAGAAAUGGUGUUGUGACCACGCCGACCCAGAAGCCCUUGAGGGAGCGAAUCAUUCACCUGCUGGCUUUAAAAUCCUACAGGAAACCAGAGCUGCUGCUGUGGCUGGAAAGAGAAAGAGCUGGCCCAAAGGACAGUCUCAUCAUGUGGUGUAUUCUGUUUCAGGUGGCAAAGGCAAACCCCAGAGACAGCAGCUACCUGCUGAGAGAUGACUUCUACAGACACGUUCAGAUGGAUUGGCCCAACUACAGUGAGGAGGAGAGACAGCAGAUCAGCAGGCUGCUGGCCAGAAAGUUGCAGCCGCACAUCAGCCACCAAUCAAGGAAUUCUCAAUCAAAUUCAUCAAUACCGAAGACCUCAGAGGAAACAAUGCUAAAUCAAAGCACAGCCAAAAAUUCUGCAGUGAAACGUCCUGUGCCUUUUGACUCAUCGGAAAGGCUAGCUACUAAGAGACAAAGACUUGUGGACCAAAGGUUGCAGCAGCAGCCCAGUAAUGAACUCCUCCCCAAUAAAGGACACAACAAUACAACUCUUACCCUCAACCCCAGUUUCCACACAAAGACUGAGUUUCAACAGACAAGUAACCACACUGGUAACCAGAAUGGCUUAUUAGGGGGCCACAAUGGCUUUCCUCUAACGCACAAACACUCUAGUGCGUCCAACGCACCUGUUUCGAAGAGCAAAGAGCAGGAAACCAGUAAGCAGCAUCAGCCUCCACGGAUUGACUCUGACUGCACUCACCAGCAGCUCCCCAACAGCCAGCACAAGAAGAAGAAAUCUAAAAAGCACAAAGAAGAAAGAGAGAGGUUAAAAGACGACAAGGGGCAAUGGAUAGAGCAGAGUCCUGAUCUCAAGCUGACCCUGGACAAACUGGACAAUCCUGACAUCACAAAUGCUGUGGCCUCCGAGGAGAAGCCUGAUUAUGUGAUCACAUAUGGCAAAAUAAUGAGUUUGGAGCAGCGUCAGCAGUACCAGGAGGAUUUCUGUGGGGAAUACGAUGAAUACAAAGACCUGCCCUCCCGCAUCGCCACCAUAACUCACAUGUUUGUUCAACUGGGGUAGAUCAAGAGUUUGUCACCUGGUACACAGAAUAUAAGAAUAUUUGAAAUACUUACAUUACAACUAUUUGUAUUUCUCCUCUCCUCACAGAAGUUCCCAGGUUAUCGGGAAGAGAAGAAACGCUGUGAAUAUCUUCAUGAAAAACUUUCCUACAUAAAACAGCUCAUCAUGGACUACGAUGUUUGUCGGCUUCAUCAUAGCAUCGGAUCUCCCCUCAGUCGACUGCUUUGCAUACACAACGCAGGCAUGAAACAAAGGAUUUCCACAGAGAGUGAUAUAACAAAGACAUUAAUACUGCUGGGGACCACGGAUGGUGCUUAGUCACUGUUAAUGUAAUCAGCAUCAGAUUUCACUCUGAUUUUAUUUAUUAGUCUAAUUGUUGUGAAACCUCCACCAGGAAACCAAAUGAUGAGAUCUUGGAAAGCAUCACUGCUCAUCAGUUUGCCCUGAAAGACAUCUUCUUUGUCAGUGUAAGCAUUUUGUCAGAGAUGUGUUAAAUGUAGCAAAAUCUUACUUUUGAUCUUUGAACACUUGGAUCAAAUGUGCUCCAGGCAAGCUUCCCAUUUCUUUUAAUAGAAAUGGAUAAUUUCAACGCGUAUACUUUUCAAUCCCAUAUCAAAGUUUCUCAUUACUGACACAUGACUCAAACCGCCCUCUGCAGAAAAAGGAAAAGUAAUCCUGAAAUGAUGUACCUUUUUGAACUCUGAUCCAAAUCCAGUCUUCAUAUCUUAUAACGCAAAUGUUCUGAGAUUUUACACUCAGUUUCCUUUGAGAUUUCAGGCACUUUUAUCUUAAGGAUGACUAUCAAAGUAGUUGCUGUAUCAGCAUCAAGAUAUUGAAAACUGAUUCAAAUAAAAUCUCAGAAGAAACUGGUUUUGUACUGCAAGCAAGUGAAAUCAUCUCACACUGGCUAGUAGACAAUUGUAUUUUUAGGAUUCAAAAAUGUUUAAAUUGAUGUAUUAUUAUGUAGACAAGUUGCAAUAUAGGCAGUAAAGGAUUCCUCUUUUUCACCAUGUUUCAGAGCUUGGGCUCAUGGUCCAGACACAAUAUGUUUUUAGCGUCUGAAUCCACAAGGAAAACAUAAGAAAAGAAAUAGUGUUUGGAUGCUCCAGGAGCUGCAGGUUCAUGCUGUCUUCUUGUAAAUGAUUGGUAAAAGGGACCGACAUAAAGACAAAUUCCUCCCUUGAGUCAUUACUGACACAUAGUCAAUCUGGCUUCAAGUCUAUAGUAUUUAAAGCCACUGAAAAACAAGUGUCUUUCACUCUCUCUCCUUGUUUCAUUAGAGCUACGGAUGUGUUCAUUUAAAGCCACCUUCCUCUGUUUAUCUGAACGGUGUUCCUCACUUUGAAGGGUCACAUGUUGAGAUCAAGGAUUUUUGUGAAGAAAAAAAAGCGGGGUGGACUGGAUCAGGUUCUUUCUUUUUAAGUCUGCCGACCUGACACUGAGGCGGAAAGUGCAUGGGUUGAAGCUGUUUUAAAUCCUUCGAAUAUUAAUGAGAAAUGGAAACAAGAAAAUAUAGCCCCUCCUUCACUUAACAUUUACUACUAAUUCUGGAUUUGAACUUUUCACUGUAAGAUGAGAGACCCUGAAGCUUAAGGGUAAAUAACAUACAUGUCCACACUGUUGUGCAUCGCUUUAUUAUUUAAUUUCUGAUUUGGAGUGAACAGUGAUUGUUUCAGUCAACUUUAUUUGUGGGAAUAUGCAGCCAUAGUGCUUUUAAAUAGUGGACACUCUUAACAUUAUAUCCAGCUCUGGUACAGAAGCCUGGAGGGUUCAUGUCUUUCACUUCACAGUUAAUAAUAGUUUCCCAGUCAAUUCUUUUUGCACUAAAGUCAGUCUGAGAGAGACGGGGUGACACAGUAAAAUUUCCUUUGAAUUUCUUUUUCAUCAUGGUUGCAGUUUUUUGUAUUGAAUGUUAUCACACAGUCAGUGAUGUAAAGCCUUAAGAAUACUCUUUUUAUAGGACAGAAACCUCACACUGCCAACAUUAUCAAGGACUCAUCAUCCACACACACACACAAACACACACACACACACACACACACACACACACACACACCUGUGAUCUGCCUUACAUUACAGCUAGCUGUUACAUUUCAACCUCUCUACAUUUCACUGUUAAAAUAUAUGCCGACAGUGGCUUUCUCACACAUCUGAGUACUUUCUGGAAGACAUGUUACAUAAUAUAGUUCAAAUAAUAAUGUUUGAAUUUGUAAUCCUUCUGGUACUUCAAGUAAUCAUGUUCAGGUCUUUGUCUGAAGGAACACUUUCUUGAGAACAUGGAGCAGGGACUGUCUUCACUAAUUAUUGCUUUAAUUCAAGCACAAAAAAAAUCCAUUGUUGAAAUAAUGCUCAAUCACUUUUAGGCAGUUGAGAGUUUUCACAUAAAGGUUUUGGGGGAAACAGAUGUAUUAGUUUCAAGUGGUUGUUUAAAGACCAUGAUUUUCUGUGGAGAAUGGAGAAAGAAUCACUGGUCUUCAAGUUCUAUUUCAUGAAAUGUUUCAGCAAAUAAUGUUAUUUAUCUGUGCAAGACUUUUUUUCAUGCUACAUUAAAAGUUCAUAAGUUGUGUUUUGACUUAUGCAGAAAAUGUACAAUGGAACCAGCAAGUACUACACGGGAGGUGUUUUUAUGUACUAUGUAAACAUAAAGGUUAGCCACAAAGGAGCCAGAAAAAAGAGGGUUCUAAAUGAACUGCAUUUAAUAAAUGUAUACAUUCUCUUUUCCUGUUAUGCAAGGUUCAAAUAAUAAAACAUCAAAGUGGCUUUUGCCUUCAUUUUUA